AUGUAUCGAAGUGUGUCAACUUAUAUCGAAGUACAGGCAAACACUUUGACACAACCUGAAAAGACGUUUCUUCAGAAAUACUCUCGAACUGUCUUAAUAGAGUCGUUUGAGAGCGCUGGUUGGUCGUUCGGACCCUUUUGGAGAGGUUCGAAGCUUCGGCAUAGCUCCCCGCUGCUGCUUUUGCUAAAGUUGCAUGACUGUCCUGCAGACCGUCGCUUUGGUCGUUGCCACGGCCGUUGCAGCGCCUCGUGUAGCCUGGGCCGCGUGCAGGUGCGGAAGGCGGAGGCAUCUGCUGGGUUUCUCUGCCCGGCCGCCAGGAUUUGCAAGAGGCGAUUUAACCCCUCUCAUGGCUGUAGGGAAGGCGUAAUGGCCAGUAGUUCUUGGCCCUCUGAAUUUGUUGGUUCAUACGUCGGUCUUUAUUAUGGGCGUUAUUAUCAUAUAAACAGAGAAUCAUACAGUAACGGGGACACUGAUAUUGCCAGGGAUGAUAGGACCAUGCUUCGAAUCCCUCCUCAAGUCUCGGCACUCGGGUCUCGAAUCUCUCCGAAACAAACCCUUCAGACGACGGAGACAAACCUCACGCCCAAAUAUGGUCUGGAUUUCCCUCUCGCCUUCCUGGUUAUAAAUACGGGUCAGACAACGAAGGGAGACAGGUUGUCUCUAUUUCAAGGGGUUGAUAAGCCAAUGCAGGGAAGUAGCUUUGCAAGUGCUUUUGUGGUUGGUGGUAGAGGGGAGAGCUAUCGUACCCGCAUACAGGCUGUAACUCAAGAGAUUUUUAGAGUGAGGCUCUCUCCGUCAGGCUGCAUGCCCGGGCACUACGAGCGGCAGCUGCUGAACGACCUCCUCAAGAACUACAACACCCUCGAACGCCCCAUUGCUAACGAGUCUUCAGCCAUCGUGGUCAAGCUGGGCCUCACGCUGCAACAAAUCAUCGAUGUGGACGAGAAGAAUCAGAUCCUAACAACUAACGUCUGGCUAAAUUUUGAAUGGACUGACCACAACCUUAUCUGGAACGAAUCCGAGUAUGGGGGCGUGGCCGACCUCAGGAUACCCCCGAAAUACCUGUGGACACCUGACGUCCUCAUGUAUAACAGCGCUGACGAGGCUUUCUCCAGCACGUACCCGACCAACGUGGUGGUGACGAGUGCGGGUGUCUGUACCCACAUCCCGCCGGGUAUCUUCAUGUCGACCUGCAGAAUCGACAUCACUUGGUACCCUUUCGACGACCAGAAGUGCGAGAUGAAGUUCGGGUCCUGGACCUACGACUUGGCGAAGAUUGACCUCCAGCUGCAGAGUCCAGACGGCGGGGACAUCAGCGGUUACAUCGCCAACGGAGAGUGGGAUCUCAUAGGUGACGUGCCAGGCAAGAGGAACCUCUCGUACAGCUGCUGCCCCGAGGUCUACGUGGACGUCACCUUCAAGAUCCACAUCCCGCGAACGCUCUACUACUUCAGCAACCUCAUCAUGCCCUGCGUUCUCAUCUCCUCAAUGGCGCUACUCGGCUUCACGCUCCCGCCCGACUCCGGCGAAAAGCUCACCUUAGGAGUCACUAUACUGCUCUCGCUUACCGUAUUCCUAAACAUUGUCACCGAAAAUAUACCUGAGACAUCCGAUGCUGUACCCCUCAUAUCCACGUACUUCAACUGCAUCAUGUUUAUGGUGGCCUCUUCCGUGGUGCUGACCGUGGUGGUGCUGAAUUACCAUCAUCGCACACCCACCACUCAUACGAUGCCGAACUGGAUCAAGUGCGUCCUCCUCCAAUGGCUGCCGUGGAUCCUGCGCAUGAACAGGCCGGGCAAAAAGAUCACUUGGAAGACGAUUAUGAUGAGCAACAAGAUGCGAGAGAUGGAGCUCAAGGAGAGGUCGUCCAAGUCGCUCCUGGCCAACGUGCUCGACAUCGACGACGACAUCCGCCAGAUCCAAGCCAUGGGCACCACCACCCCGACGGGAGGGGCGAGAGGGACGCCCUCGCACAACGGGGGACACCCUCGCCUGCUGGGCCGCUCCUACGAGGAAGGGGGCCCGCUCAUGACGCCGCACUCCUCCUUCUGCUUCAACAACACGCGCGAGCUGCAGAACAUCCUGCGGGAGCUGCGCCACAUCACGAACCAGAUGAGGAGCGACGAGGACGACAUGGAGAUCAUCCUCGAGUGGAAGUUCGCGGCGAUGGUCGUGGACAGGUUCUGCCUCAUCACCUUCACUCUGUACACAGUCGUCUCAUCCAUAGUCGUCCUGCUGUCGGCACCACACGUUACGUUCCCUGGCCGUAUCUCCAAGUCAUUCCCUUGCGUCAGAAAUUACUGUUCAUAUUCUAUGCUGAGAAUCUGGACUGAUCUAGCUAUUAGCACUGUAGAGAGAGGUAGCAAGAUAUCUCAGGAAGAAUGUGUGGCUAUGUCCUUCUUUGCCCAAGAGAAACAAAGGAGAAAUCAUAUUUUAGUGUGCUACUGUGUGCUGUUCGCGCCGGAUGGUGCAUUUAGGCUCUUUAGGCUCGGCGAAAGUAGUGUUUGUAGCAGUCCUUCCCUCGGUGCCAAGAAGGGGCCGAGACCGUGUCAGUUGUGCCAGAUCAAGUGCGUGCUCCUGCAGUGGCUGCCGUGGCUCCUGCGCAUGAACCGGCCGGGCAAGAAGAUCACGCGCAAGACAAUCAUGAUGAACAACAAGAUGCGAGAGCUCGAGCUCAAGGAGCGCUCGUCCCGCUCGCUGCUGGCCAACGUGCUCGACAUCGACGACGACAUCCGCCAGAUCCACGCGUCGGGCACCACCACGCCGGCAGGAGGGGGAGGGGGAGGAGGAGGAGGAGCGCGGGGGACGCCCUCCUACAACGGGGGAUACCACCGCCUCCUGGGCCGGUCCUACGAGGAGGGCGCCCCCCUGCUGGCGCCGCACUCCUCCUUCUGCUUCCAGAACACGCGCGAGCUGCAGAACAUCCUGCGGGAGCUGCGCUUCAUCACCAACCAGAUGAGGAGCAACGAGGACGACACCGAGAUCAGGCACGACUGGAAGUUCGCGGCGAUGGUCGUCGACAGGUUCUGCCUCAUCACCUUCACCCUCUACACCGUCAUCUCCUCCGUCGUGGUCCUCCUGUCGGCGCCGCACAUCGUGACCAACUAG